CGGGAACGAGCAAGAGGCGCGCCUGCGCACCUCCGUGUGUUAGCAUCACGGACGCGUGAGGGUGCGGGGAAAUUCAGGUGUCAUUCAGACGGCAGGUAAAACAUGUGGAGUUUGGGGUCGCUGAACCGACGUUUUGACUAGAUGACAAAAGAGGACGUGGACAGCAGUCCUGCACCCGAAGAUGAGGCGUCUGUCUCGUAAGAAAGCCCUGAGCUUGGUGAAGGAGCUGGACGCCUUCCCCAAAGUGUCUGAGAGCUACGUGGAGACGUCAGCCUCGGGCGGAACAGUGUCGCUGAUAGCGUUCAGUGCCAUGGCACUUCUGGCUGUCUUAGAGUUCUUUGUUUAUAGAGACACUUGGAUGAAGUACGAAUAUGAAGUCGAUAAGGAUUUUUCCAGUAAACUGAGAAUAAACAUUGACAUUACAGUUGCCAUGAAAUGCCAGCACGUUGGAGCAGAUAUUCUGGAUCUGGCUGAGACCAUGAUCACGUCCAACGGCCUCCAGUACGAGCCUGCUAUUUUUGAACUGACCCCACAACAGAGACUGUGGCAAAGGACGUUGAUACUCAUUCAGAGCCGGCUGAGAGAGGAACACGCUCUUCAGGAAGUCCUGUACAAAACGCUCCUCAAAGGAGGCCCCACUGCUCUGCCGCCACGGGAGGAUGCUGCUAUGGAGCCGCUUAAUGCUUGCAGGAUACACGGACACGUCUACGUCAACAAGGUGGCAGGAAACCUUCACAUUACAGUGGGAAAGCCCAUUCACCAUCCUCAGGGUCAUGCCCACAUUGCAGCGUUUGUGAGCCAUGAGACGUACAACUUCUCCCAUCGAAUAGACCAUUUAUCUUUCGGGGAGGAGAUCCCAGGCAUCAUCAAUCCUCUGGACGGCACAGAGAAAAUCACCUAUAACAAUAACCAGAUGUUCCAGUACUUCAUCACGGUGGUCCCAACCAGACUGAACACAUACAAGAUAUCUGCAGACACACACCAGUUUUCUGUGACAGAGCGGGAGCGGGUGAUAAACCACGCGGCGGGCAGUCACGGCGUUUCCGGCAUCUUUGUGAAGUACGACACCAGCUCUCUGAUGGUGACGGUGAGCGAGCAGCACAUGCCGCUGUGGCAGUUCCUGGUGCGACUGUGCGGCAUCAUCGGGGGUAUUUUCUCCACGACAGGCAUGCUCCAUGGGCUUGUUGGCUUCUGUGUUGAUGUUAUCUGCUGUCGCUUCAAGCUUGGAGUCUAUCGGCCCAGAGAGGAUGUGCAGCUACACCACCAGAUGAACAAUCUUAACAAUCACCAGACUCCUCUGUUGGCUGACAAUGUCCCUCAGGAGUAGCUGUUUUUCAGUGUCCACACAUCAGGCCAUCGACAGCCUGCUGAUUCUGCCUCCUGUCUGGUUGAACCGUUUCAUUGUCUCAUUUUCUCAUCAAGAAGACCUCACCAUCAGAACAUAUGCUGUAUUAAUUAAUGUUGUUAAUUUGGGGUUUUUAACUGUCAUGAAAUUGUGUUUUCUACGGAGAAAAGAGAAAGCCUUCUCUUUUAAAACACCUGCUGUUUAACAUGUACCCUCAGUGUUAUUUGUCUUUUCAGUAUGGGUUUCGGCGUUGUAGCUUUUCUGUUCCAUUUGGUGUAAUAGCACAAAAUGCUGAUUGUUUGGUUGUCGAUCCAACUCCAUUAAAGUUUAAAAAACACUAGUGCAAUUUUGUUUCAGAUUUAAUGUGUGCCAAACCUUCAGAAGAACAUUUGGAUGGUCCUGAAAUUAUUAUUAUAUGAAAGUACCUGUAAGAUUAUGCUGGCAAUUGUACAGAAUGGUAGCAAAGCUUAAUAAAACCAGAAAUCAAAGAAUGGUGCACUAACUUAGUUUUAAAAUGUUUUUCACAUUUCCAAAAAUUUUGAUUCUUUCUUCAGUUAGGACUUGAAAAUGCCUUAAAACCUCAAUAGUGCAUAAAGGCUUAAAGGCUAAGCCUGUGAUUUCAUAUUGUACUUAUAUUGAGGGACUUGUGAGAGACCAGUUAUUAUAAUAAUUGUUACCUUCUCAUGUGCAGCUGAAAUGCCAGCACUUAAAAAAAAACCCCAGUAUUAUCAAAAGGCCAAAGGUAUCAGUUCGGUGCGGCUGGUAAUUUUGAGGUUUUCUAAAGGUACUACAUGGUGAGGUGGAAGGCAGAUUUAAUGGACUGCAGCACACUUGCACUUUUUCUCUUUUUGGUUUAUUACAGUUAUGCCAAGCAGACCUGAAUGAACUGUUGCCACAGAAGGUGGUCAAAUAUUUUGUAAAUGACACCAAAAAGUAAAAAAUGAAGUAACUGGUUACGUGUUGCUGCUGCUUGUUAGAUACACAGAAGCUUAAGUCUGGUGUUUCCUGUGCCAGCAGAAGAACAAAACUGUAACAUCAUGACAAAAGCCCUGUAGCUUCAUCAUCCACUUCAUCAUCCAGACCAAUGUUUUAGUUCACCCUGAACAAAGACAGUUAGCAUGACUACACCAUAGACAUGUACUUUGCAUAAACAUUUAUUUAGUUUUGUCCCUUUUCUCCCAUAAAGGCUCAUAACUGUUAUGUAUUUGUAUUCUGUCAAGAGUCAAACGUUGCAAUACAUACAAUACUGUACACAGUUUUCUCAUUUGUCUAGAAAAAUCACACUUGCCUGUCACACUUAACACUUUUGGUAGACUCUGUGGGAAGCUCUGUGGUAGAAUCCUGUGAAGACACUCACCAAGCAAAAAUCAACAGUCAGAUACUUUUUUCUUUUGGUAGUCUAUAAGAAUAAUAUGUAGUUUAACUAUUUACAGAUCUUCCAAACGGGGGUCAAGGAUGUAAUACCAGCAGGGACUGAAGUUCCUUAUUUAUAACCUCACAUUUCUGUGAUUUAGGUCCAAACUAACAUUGAAUGUAGGUCACAGUUUGUCUUGGUUAAAAAUAGUGGUCCGUCCCUAAAUCAGGGAAGGUAUGGUGACCCACAGGGUGCCGUACUUGGUCCACUACUAUUCACAAUAUUCUUCUGUUUGGAAUCAUUUGCAGCUGCAGCAUGAAUGUUCACUCCUAUGCAGAUAACACUCUACUCUACAAGUGCUGUCGGUUGUGUUAAUGUUUGCUUUAUCCUGUCCUGGUAACUUGCUGUUCGAAAACUGUCUGAAUAGAAUCUUGCUUUUCUUACUCUUUAAACACUCCAUUUUCUGGUUUAAUUGAAAAAACUUUCAGCACAAUUUAACAGGCCCUCGUAAAUUUGACUAAACACCUGCUUUGGUUUCCUGUUCAUCCUGGGUCUGAUUUUUAUACGGUCCCCAACAUAUAAAUACAUGAUCUCUCUCAGCCACACCAAACUAAUCUCAUGACCUCUUCAAUAUCAAGAGGCCUGCCUCAAGAACGAAAAGAAAUCUUUCAUACCGAUGAUUAGAGGAGUCUUUGAGGUUUUCAGAA